CCAAGUCCAUAGAAGCGCAUGCUAUCGACUCUGGAAUAAGAAUGCCACCAACCAUGUCCACGCUGGCCGGUUGUAUCCCCCGCACAGCCAUCUCGCCGUCUUUCCGCAACCGCCACUCCUACAGAUUGUUCCGGACGGUAUCGUCAUCCAGAUCCCCGCUCUCGCUCGCUGUGUCGCUACCAUCUACACGUUUUCCAACUACGAGCAUCAACACGUCUCAGUCCAAAUAUAUACCCUCCCCUCUUCGAAGUCAUCCAAACCGAACCAUGUCCUCUGCCGCCAUCCCCGACCGGUACAAGCUGGUCUACUUCGUCCCGCACUCCCACCACGAGGCAUGCAAAGAAGCUGUCUUCGCGACCGGGGCUGGAACCUUCCCAGGGGGGAAGUACACAAAAGCCUGUUUCCAAGCGCCAGGACUGGGUCAAUUUCUGCCGUCGGAGGGCGCGAAUCCGGCCAUUGGCCAGGUCGGAACGGUCGAGACGGUCGAGGAGAUGAAGGUGGAGGUGAUGUGUCUGGGACGGGAGGUUAUGCUGCAGGCCGUGGAGGCACUGGUCAAGGCUCAUCCGUAUGAAGAGGUCGCGUAUGAGGUGUAUAAGAUGGAGAAUGUGUGAUGGAACUCAUGGAGGGUGAGCUGGGUAUUGGACUGGGUUACGUGUGAUGAUGGCGUUUUCGUAGGUUGAGUCGAGAUGGUACUGCUAUUAGUCUCAAUGUAUUCUGUAAGCCAAAAUCAAUCCAUUCAAAUGAUUUCCC